AGUUCUGGUGCCAGCAGCUUUUGCCGAAGGAGAAGGAUGGCCGUUUCUAUCUCUCAAACUCAGGCACUCUUUCUCUCCGCCGGAAAAACCAACCGGAAUCUCUCUAUGCAGAGUGCGGCGCUGUUUCAAGCUAGAACCAAGCUCCCCACUCUUUCUCACGCCUCCGGCUCUUUCAGUUUCAUCUACUCCGGCCAAAAAUGUUCUUUCACCUACAAUCCUCUCAGGUUUUCUGUUAAGGAAUUGAAGAAAAAUAGGAGAGGAUCCGGCGCUGUUUGUUCAGCUGCGCCUCUCACUGUCCGUAAUCUUCAGUGGAUCUCCGCCAUCGCUAAUGCGGUUUUAAUGAUUGUGAGAGGCACUGGAAUUCACAAGUCCUUUCUUGUUCCGCUGUUUGUCCUACAGGCACCAGUUUGCAUUACUUCUUGGAUUAAGGGGGAAUAUGGUCUCUGGUCUGCUUUCUUAGCACUUAUUGUUCGACUCUUCUUCCAUUUUCCUGGUGAACUUGAGUUACCAUUUCUAGCAUUACUUUUGGUAAUUGUGGCACCUCAUCAGGUUAUGAAUUUAAGGGAAAUACAGCCAGGCGCCAUUAUUUCCAUGGUUAUUGCUGCCUUUUUAGCUUUCCAGCAUUUCUCAGGAGCAGGCAGCUUGCAAAAUGCAUUUGACGAAGUUUCAAUUAUUCCAACCAUAGCUAUCAUUUGUAUCACUGCAGUUUCACUCUUUCUUUUGAUCUGAAUACCAUGAAAAAUCAGUAGUCUCAAUUUUAUGUUUAUCAUCUGUAAAUUAUCGAAUGCAAGUGGAGACAGACAAAAUAAGAGAAUCUCAUAAUUCUCACAGCUUUUGUUGUUCUCUUGUUGAUAAGUUCUUGAUUAAUUAAAUGAAUUAGUUGAG